UAAAACUUUUAAUUUUAGUUUUUAAAAUAUUGACUUGUAUCUUUUUGCCGCAUACAUGUAUACAUUAUUAUUUAUAAAUCUACACAAUUUGUUUUUUUUAAAACAGAUCUCUAUAUAUUUUCAUCUAUUUAGUAAAAAGUAUAAGAAAUAACAAAAUAGAUCUGUUCUUAAAAUAGUAUAUAAUUAAGCAUUAAAGAAAAAGAGGCAGAAAAGUUAAAUAUUUUGAAAAAUGCAAAAGGUAAACACAAAAGAAUAACUUUCUAGAACAUUUAGAAUAAGCCAUAUAACAAGGGAAUGCGAAUAACAGACAUUUUCGUGUAAAUAUUAUUCUCUUAAUAUUACUUCAUGUUUAUUUUCUAUCGCAGCUCUGAAAGGUAAACGCGCUCGAAAUAAUCACAGUUAACAGUUUGGAACAGUAGAUUCAACAGAACGUAAUGCUAUGGCUACGUCUAGGAUUUCGACAGAGGAAUGUAUUGCCAAAAGAACGAAAACCAUAAUCAUCGAUAAAAAUGGAGUAAAAGAAUUAGCAGAGGAGGUGACAGAUUUUAUGCUAUGUAAUCAGCACUCUAUAGCAUUGGGAACUACUUUUAUAUGGCAAUUACCCGGACUUUAUCCUACUUUCUUCGAUCUCAGGAGCGCUGAUUGGCUAUUUAUAUUGCACACGUUAAAUUUUAUGCUUUGGAUUCCAAAUAGUACUAGACAAUGGACAGUUAACAAGUAUACCGGAUUUUGGGCAUUGUGCUCGGCUAUCAAGAGAGCCAUUGAUGAAGGUAAACCAAUUUGGUAUUCUGAUUAUUACAUGACUAUUGGAUCAAGUGAGUUCGAAUACAUUUUUCGAGGUGACGAUAAAAUUACUCUUCCAUAUUUAAAAGAAAGACAUAGUAUUUUGCGUCGAGUUGGAAGAACUUUAAAGAAGAAAUAUGACGGUUUUUUUAUGAAUUGCAUAAGAGCAUCUGGAUACGAUGCAAAUAAAUUGAAAAGAAUGCUUUUUGAAUUUGACAGCUAUCAAGAUCAAGUAUCAUUUUAUGGAAAAGAAAUUCGCCUCUGUACUAAGGCCAAGAUAUUGAUACAUGACCUACGAACAUACUUUCCAAUUACUCCGGAAGAAUCAAUGAAGACGUCUACGUUAUUGGUUGAUUAUCGUACCUCUCAAGUUCUCAUUAAUUUUAAAGCUCUUCGCUGUACUGAUAAUCUCCAAUAUCGUUUGAAAAGUGGUGAACUGAUCCACAGCGAUAUAGAGGAAUUGGAAAUACGCUGUUGCUUGAUUUAUGCAGUUCAAAUGGUAUGUGACGAAGUACGAAAAAUAUACGCGAAUUGUGUGGAACACACGAGCAUCCUUGACACAUUGAUAUCUCGAAUUUCGACAGUGGUCGACAAUUACAUAUUCCACUAUCAGAUAAUGCACAGUGCUCGUUUGAUGUCCACAAUACCACUUUACUCUAUUAGAACUACAAGUUACUAGAACAUUGUAUCUUCAUGAGUUUUCGACUAAUUGAUGCAUGCUUGUAAAUUAGUUUUUCUAUAUUUUUGUAAAACAGUACAAUUUUUCUGUUAUCACACUAUGAAAUUUCCCGUAAUAAUUAAUACGGAUAUAAUCGAUUUUUAAUUAAUCGAACAAGAAGUUUCUAUAGCAAAAAAAUCUUUUUAGUUUUUUACGAGAAUCAUUCAAAGUAUAAUCAUUUCAUUAAAAAGUUAUUGUGACUUGCUCUAAUAAUUUUUAUAAUUGAAAUUAUUUUUUAUAAUAUAAAAUAUUGCUUAUACUACGAACUUGGUAAAAAAUGUUUUAUAUAAAAACAAGUAUAUAAUUUGUACUCAAACCUUUUAGUAGAGUCUUCAAAAUUUUCGAUUAAUUCAGAUUCAAAUCAUAGGCGUUUAAAUCCAAAUUAAAUCAAAUUUUAUAUUUCCUUAAGAAAAAAAGAAAGAACUGUUAAAGUGUUUCGAUAAACUUAUUACUAUAUCAGUAAAUUAUGAUAUUUUAUCAGUUAAUUGAUAUAGUAAUCAAUUUAUUGAAACACUUAAUCACUUUUUCUUAAGAAUUGACUCGAUUUGAUUAGAUUUAAAUUCGCACAUCUAAUAUUUUACAUAUGUUAUAUUUGUAUAUAUGAAAUUUUUAUAUGAAUUUUAUAAGAACGUUUACCAAAAAAUAUCAAAUUGAACAAACCUUGAACACGAUAAUCGCAAUGUAUUUUAUUGUCAAUUUUAAGUAAAAUUUAUUUUUGAUAAAAUUAUUAUAGGUGCGUUGAGACAA